AUGUCUCGGCGGACGCGCGGUGAGGAGCUGGAUGAGCUGCACUACCAGGACACAGAUUCAGACGUGCCAGAGCAGAGGGAUAGCAAGUGCAAGGUCAAAUGGACCCACGAGGAGGAUGAGCAGCUGAGGACCCUGGUGAGGCAGUUCGGACAGCAAGACUGGAAGUUCCUGGCCAGCCACUUUCCCAACCGCACUGACCAGCAAUGCCAGUACCGGUGGCUGAGGGUCUUGAAUCCAGAUCUCGUCAAGGGGCCGUGGACCAAAGAGGAAGACGAGAAGGUCAUCGAGCUGGUGAAGAAGUACGGCACGAAGCAGUGGACGCUGAUCGCCAAGCACCUGAAGGGCCGGCUGGGGAAGCAGUGCCGUGAGCGCUGGCACAACCACCUCAACCCCGAGGUGAAGAAGUCCUGCUGGACGGAGGAGGAGGACCGCAUCAUCUGCGAGGCCCACAAGGUGCUGGGCAACCGCUGGGCCGAGAUCGCCAAGAUGCUGCCGGGACGGACAGACAAUGCUGUGAAGAAUCACUGGAAUUCCACCAUCAAGAGGAAGGUGGACACGGGAGGCUUCCUGAGCGAGUCCAAGGACUGCAAGCCCCCCAUGUACCUGCUGCUGGAGCUGGAGGACAAGGAGAGCCCGCCGCGGGCCCAGCCCUCGGACGGCCAGGGAGGUCUUGGGGCCAGCUGGUCGCCGGCGCUCCCUGCCAUGAAGGAAGAGGACAGCAGCGAGGAGGAGGCGGCGGCAGCAACCCCUGCGGAGGAGCAGGAGGCUGCCCCUGCAGAGCUGGGCCGAGCGGGCACCCCGGAGGCCUUGGACAGCACCCCCAAGCGCGAAGACCAGGAGGGCUCCUCGCCAGAAAUCGGCCUGCCGUAUAAGUGGGUGGUGGAGGCGGCAAACCUCCUGAUCCCGGCCGAGGGCUCCAGCUUCUCGGAGGCCCUGGACUUGAUCGAGUCGGACCCCGAUGGCUGGUGUGACCUGAGUAAGUUUGACCUCCCCGAGGAGCCGUCCCCGGAGGGCAGCGUCCACAGCAGCCCGGAGCAGCCCCAGCCCUCGCAGUGGCCGGCCCCUUCGCCGCGCCAGCCCAUCGCCCCGGGGCCCAGCGUGACCGAGUACCGCCUGGACGGCCACACCAUCUCGGACUUGAGCCGGGGCAGCCGGGGCGAGCUGAUCCCCAUCUCCCCCAGCACCGAGGUGGGGGGCCUGGGCGUCGGCACCCCGCCUUCCGUGCUCAAGCGACAGAAGAAGAGGCGUGUGGCCCUGUCCCCCGUCACGGAGAACAGCGCCAGCCUGUCCUUCCUGGACUCCGGCAACAGCCUCACCCCCAAGAGCACGCCCGUCAAGACCCUGCCCUUCUCGCCCUCCCAGUUUUUGAACUUCUGGAACAAGCAGGACACACUGGAGCUGGAGAGCCCCUCGCUGACCUCCACCCCCGUGUGCAGCCAGAAGGUGGUGGUCACCACGCCCCUGCACCGGGACAAGACACCCCUGCACCAGAAGCACACUGCGUUUGUGACCCCAGAUCAGAAGUACUCCAUGGACAACACGCCCCACACCCCGACCCCGUUCAAGAACGCCCUGGAGAAGUACGGGCCGCUGAAGCCCCUGCCCCAGACCCCGCACCUGGAGGAGGACCUGAAGGAGGUGCUGCGCUCCGAGGCCGGCAUCGAGCUCACCGCCGAGGACCAGGGCAGGCCGGAGAAGCAGAAGAGGAAGGCGGGGCUGCGGCGGAGCCCCAUCAAGAAAGUCCGCAAGUCCCUGGCUCUCGACAUCGUGGACGAGGACGGGAAGCUGAUGAUGUCCUCGCUGCCCAAGACGCUGUCCUUGCCAACACACGUGCCAUCCGGCUCCUCCAGUCUCAUCCUGCCCGGCAUCCGAGGAGACAACAGCCUGCUCAACCAGGGCUUCCUGCAGGCCAAGCCCGAGAAGCCGGCCGCGGCCCAGAAGCCCAGAAGCCACCCACCGGCCCCCACCCCCAUGACCAGCGCCUGGAAGAUGGUGGCCUGCGGGGGGACCCGGGACCAGCUCUUCAUGCAGGAGAAAGCCCGGCAGCUCCUGGGCCGCCUGAAGUCCAGCCACACGUCCCGGACCCUCAUCUUGUCCUGA